AUGUUUUCCUUCGGUAGACCUAACAAGGUGCCAUAUGUUUUACAGGUAACAGUGCAGGCCACGUGCAUCACCCUUGCGGUACUGAGUAUUGACCGGUACUGUGCCAUCGUUCACCCGCUUCGCUCCAUCGACUUCCGCACACCGAAGGUUGCUGCCAUUGUCAGCGCCUGUACAUGGAUAGGUUCUUUCCUACUCGCCUUGCCUCUGGGUUUGAAUAUUCAGCUCGAAGAGGUCGAGAACUUCGGUCCACAGUUGAUCUGCCGGGAGCACUGGCCCACCAAGUCUGCUCACAGGAGCUACAUGCUGUACACCUUCCUCAUCACCUACGUCAUCCCGCUGGUCUUCUGCACCUUCAGCUGUUCCUUCAUCGUCCGGAAGCUGCUGACCAGAUUCAGCAUCAGUCACGCUCAGAAGACCGACGCGCAGGCCAGGCAGACCCGGCGGACGUCCUGCAUGGUGAUCGGGGUGGUGGUCCUCUUCGCCUUCUGCUGGCUACCGAACCACAUCAUUAACCUCUGGUUCGUGUUCAAUCCCGAGCCACCUAAGGUAAUAACAGACGUACUAGCGUGGACCAAGACAAUCGCACUCAUUCUCUGCUACUCAAACUCCAUGCUGAACCCUUUCGUGUACACACUGCUCGGUGAAAACUAUCGCCGCUGCCUGCGGCAGUCGUUCCCUUGGCUGUUCAAAAAACGUGUCCUGCGUAGAAGCGCUCUCGCCACAGGCCGUAGCUCUAGCUCCUCCCGGCCGGGUAAGACCACAGAAAUCACGCUAAGAUCCUCCGCCGCUAGACCUGUUAUCGUUACCUUUAACAACAAACGCCCGCCUUCUAGAGCGAUGACGUUUGGCUCAAUCGAGGAAGAACAUCGGACCUAG